UUAUGAUGUCACAGACACUUGGGGCAAUUUCUCUACCACUCAGGAGAACACCCAUUCCAGCCUUUUCAAGAAGAUAGCCCUGAAGAAAGGUCCUAUUGCUCCUGCCAACAUUCAAGUCUCUUUUGAUAGUGGGGCUCUGAAGGCAUCUGUUUCGUGGGCACCGACAGAAGGAGCUUUCAACUAUACCGUGAUGGCCGAGAGUGACUCCUCAGAAUUGAGCUGCACUACAACUUCCAGUUCCUGUACCAUCUCCUCUCUGCAGUGUGGAACCGAGUACCGGAUUUCAGUUUUAGCAAGUAAUGAUGCUGGAUCUAGCAAGUCAACAUCAGCAGCGACUCUGAAAACUGUUGCUUGUGCACCUGGAAGAGUGACAAUUCAAGAAGAUCCCCCCGGUCACCUGUCUGUGGCUUGGUCCACUGUAGAUCUGGCUGAUUACUACGUGGCCUUUGUGAAGAGUGAUGACGGCUUGGAAGUACAUUGCAAUACAUCCCUUACCCAGUGCAAUUUCUUAUCUGAGUGCGGCUUCACGUACUUUAUUAGUGUCUUUGCCUAUAACAAGGCCGGCCAGAGUCCUUUGGGUGAUGUGUUCAAUUACACCACAGCUCCCUGUUGUCCAAGCGACAUUAACCCCAUCUUGGUAUCCAGUGACAGAGUAGAGAUGGUCUGGUCUCCUGUGCGUGGUGCUGAACUGUACCAAACGAGGGCUGUAGAUGGGUUCAGCAUGUUUGAGUGCAAGGACACAGCUCCUGCCUGCACCCUUUCUGCUCUGGAGUGUGACACCAAGUACAACAUCACGGUGUAUUCCUUCAGCGAGAUCCGGGGCAGCAACACGUCCUGUGCUUCCCAGGCCAUAACCACAGCUCCUUGCAGUCCUGAAAUAAAAAAUGUUUCCAAGGAUGCCUUCUCCAUAAUUAACGUGCACUGGCGAUCCACUAAUGAGGAGGCCACUUAUACCGUGACUGCUGAGGGGGAGAAGGGGCUCUUCCAAUGCAGCAGCUCAGGGGAGUCCUGCACCAUGGGGGACUUGCCCUGUGGCUCCAUGUUCUCUGUCACCGCGGUGGCUGAAACUCCAGCAGGUCGGAGUCCGCCCAGCUACAGUGUCCCCCUCGAAACAGUGCCGUGCUGUCCAGCUGGUCUGACAGUAACACAGGUCACCCAAUCAGUAAUCAACGUGAGCUGGACCAUUGGUACAGGGUCUCAAACCUAUGUGACAGACCUGGAGUCACGCACUGGACAGUCCAAGUGUCACACCCGUCAAAACCACUGCCUCCUGGGAUGCAUCACGUGUGGCAUCAAUUACACAGUGGCAUUAAAAGCAAUUAGUGCCACUGGCUUGACUGUGGGCUGCGCCUACCAGAGUUACUCCUCCAGUGCCUGCUGUCCUUUGGGGGUAAAACUAUAUCGGUUGGGCCCUAAUGGCAUCAGGAUCUACUGGCAAGCUUCCAGGGGCUCUGCCAAUUACAGCACUGACCUCUAUGGCUCCAAGGGCAUUUUCACGUGCUCCCCAAGUGCUGGCCUCAGUUUCUGUGAUGUCACUGGGAUACCCUGUGGAGAUGUAUAUACCGUGAUGGUCUCACCAGUUGCUGAGUCUGGACUGAAGCUUACUUUCUGCCCCAAAAAAAUAUAUUCAGUAACCUGCUCUGGAAGUACACUUGGAAUGGUGAUUUACAGAGGGAAGAGAAAUGCUGAAUGACACAGUGAGCCGUGGAUAAAACCAGAGACUGAACUAAGUUGUCUCAAUUGUUAGUAUGAUUAGAGGUGGAAAAGAUCUAAUAGAAUACAAAAUGACUGCAGGAUAGGACAAGCCAAGCCCUUUCAGCUUUUCAGUGAACAACUCUUGAUGACAAUGUCAGGUGUGCCCUCACCAGCAAGGACUUCAAGAUCUUUGGUGGCAGGGACUCCAUGGAGCAAGGGGUCCAGAAAGUCCUUUGGAAGGCUGCCAGAGUGAGCCAGAAUACAGAGUCCUAGAAACAUCAAAGAUCUGCUUAGCAGACCUGAGAUUCACAUCCAGACACACCAGACUUUAACAAAUCCACUUCCUGUGUGUUUCAUCAACACCAGCACUUCCUGUGCAACCCUCUAACCAUACAUGGGCUGGAAACACUCCCUCACAGAGAAGUCUAAAUCAAGUCAUCCAAAGUAUCACCCCAGGGCAGACCUCCACCAGGACUUUGGCAGAGGCUGGACGGUGUCAGCUGCCAGCGCAAAUGUGGUGACAAACACCCUCAUCUCAAGUCAGGAGGAACUUGAGCUGCUUGCAGGGUUCUCAGAGUCAAUACAUCAAGUGAUGUGACCUCCGAAUGAGCAUCUUGGAAAAGCAAGCUGCUGGCCUGUUGCUAGAAGGACGGCAGUCAUGAUUUUGACUUAGCAAGAUCAUUGGAUGCAGGACAGUGGGGCACAGCCUCAAACUGGCAGAUUGACAUACAGGUAUUAAUGGGGGAUACCCAUUCACACUGUAGCUUCUUUUGUCAUCUUUGGAAAGGAAAGGCAAUGAUUUGUAAUACAAAACUGUG